AUGGCAGUUGAAGACAAAGACAAGACAGCGUUCGUCACCAACGAGGGAGUUUGUUACUUCACUAAGAUGCCAUUUGGAUUGAAAAACGCCGGUGCUACAUACCAACGUUUAAUGAGCAAAGCCUUCAAAGACCAGAUCGAACGGAACUUAGAAGUGUAUGUUGAUGAUAUAGUGAUCAAAAGUCAUGACGAAGCUACCAUGUUGAAAGACAUACUCGAAACCUUCACCCGGCUCCGAAGCAUCAACAUGAAGCUAAACCCCAAAAAGUGUACAUUCGGGGUAGAAGAAGGAAAGUUCCUAGGAGUCAUGGUCGGGUCAAGGGGCCUGCGAGCCAACCCAGACAAGAUCGAUGCUGUUCUUACGAUGAAAGCUCCAACGUCGGUUAAAGAAAUUCAAUCCUUGAAUGGACGGUUAGCCGUCCUCCACCGGUUCCUGUCGAAAGCUGCGGACAGAUCUCUGCCAUUCAUGGAUGUGCUCAGAAGAAGCUUCAGGUCGGAGUUCAAAUGGACCGAAGAAGCCGCGCGAGCCUUUGAAGAACUUAAAACUUAUCUCGGCACUUUGCCGACGGUCACCGUACCAGAAAAAGACGAAGUAUUGACGGUCUAUUUGGCUGCAUCGUACGGAGCAAUCAGUGUAGUACUCGUCGCUCACCGAACCGGUGUGCAAAUCCCCAUUUAUUAUGUGAGCCGAACAUUAAAAGAUUAUGAAACGAGGUACUCAAGCCUGGAAAAACUAGCCCUGGCGCUGGUUCAUGCUUCCAGAAGGCUUCGUCGGUAUUUUCAGGCCCACCCAAUUGAGGUACGAACGGAUAAAAGAAUCCAGCAUGUUCUCCGGCGACCCGAAGUUUCAGGUCGUAUGGCAAAGUGGGCGAUUGAGCUGGGUGCAUUCAAUAUUACUUUCAGAACCAAGGGACCUUUGAAAGGGCAGGUGAUAGCCGAUUUGCUAGUAGAAAUGCCGGAGGAAAAAGUAGUCGAAGAAGCCGAAAAAGCUCCGGACAAACCCUGGACCCUGUACACAGACGACGCUUCAAGCUCCGAAGGGUCAGGGGCAGGCUUAAUUCUCACCAAUCCAGAUGGCACGGAUAUGACAUAUGCGCUCCGUUUAGAAUUCAAGAGCUCCAACAACGAAGCUGAGUAUGAAGCCUUAUUAGCAGGCCUACGUCUGGCAGCAAAAGUCAGAGCAAGAAACGUCGUAGCCAAUGUAGACUCAUUGCUCGUGGCAAAUCAGGUGAAUGGAGAUUAUGAAGCGAGGGAAGCUAACAUGAUCGAAUAUCUUGAACAAGUAAAGCAAAUCAUGGCAUCGUUCGACUCUUGCAAGGUCGAACACGUCCCUCGUAGCAAAAACAAAAAGGCCGAUGCACUAAGCAAGCUGGCAUCUAUGUCAUUUAGUCACCUGGCCAAGGAAGUAAGGGUAGAAGUGCUGACCGCACCCUCAAUUUCUACUCCCCAUGUUAUGCAAGUAGAAGCUCCGUCCCAGACGUGGAUGACACCAAUAAUCAACUACUUGGUGCACGACGUUCUACCGAUUGACAAAGCAGAGGCAAGAAAGAUCCAAAUCAACUCUCUUCAGUACGAGAUGCAAGAAGGAGGGUUAUACCGAAAGACUUUUCUCGGACCUCUGCUGAAAUGUCUUGACCCGGAGCAAGCCAGUUACAUCAUCAGGGAAAUACAUUAUGGCAUUUGCGGCAUUCACGCCGGACCUAAAAUGAUCUUAACCAAAGUAAAAAAUGCAGGGUAUUACUGGCCCGGGAUGCAUGAGAGUGCAGUCAAGGAGCUUCAGCAAUGUGAUGAAUGCCAAAGACACGCACCAAUAAGCCUUAGGGCUAAGAACGAAAUGAUUCCAGUAACCGCAGCAUGGCCUUUUCAAAAGUGGGGAGUUGACAUAGUCGGUCCUUUUCCACGGUCGAGCAGAAGCGCCCAGUACCUGCUAGUUGCGGUAGAUUAUUUCACCAAAUGGGUGGAAGCCCGACCGUUUACAGUUAUCUCCGGUUAUAAUAUCAACCAUGUCUUCUCUUCGGUGGCCCACCCCCAAGGGAACGGGCAAGUCGAGCAGAUAAAUCGAAGAAUUGUUGAUGGGAUAAAAAGAAGGCUGGGGUACGAAGGCAAAGGCUGGGCGGAUGAAUUGCCGAAUGUUCUAUGGGCUCACCGAACGUUGCACAAGACUAGCAAUGGAGAGACACCUUUUUGCCUUACGUAUGGCACUGAGGCUGUAAUUCCUGCAGAGAUCGGACUCCCGAAUCAAAGGUGCAAAAACUGGGAGGAGAAUGAGCGGGAACUCCGGUCUAAUCUCGAUCUGCUAGAAGAACGUCGGAACAUCGCGACGAUCAAGGAAGCCCGAUACAAAAAGAAAAUCGAGAAGUAUUACAAUGCCCGCACAAAGAUCUACAAGUUCGAAGUCGGAGAUUUUGUACUCCGAAACAAUGAUGCAAGCCGUGUCGAAGCCCCUGGCAAGUUAGCCCCGAAAUGGGAAGGACCGUACCGAGUCAAAGAAGCAAGCGAGAAGGGCUCUUACGUGUUGGAGAAAAUUGACGGAACCCCGGUACCCAGAACUUGGAACGGGGUACACUUGAAAUAG